AUGCCCCGAACCAAAGUUCCGCCGUCCUGUCACUCGUCUGUCCCUUCCGCUUCUCUCUUUGACGCGUCCUCUCCAAGAGAGAAGGCCACCAGGCGUCGAGGAUCAGGCGACGCGCCGGACCCUCCGGGAGAAGAAGGAACCCAGUGGAAAGAAACAAGCAGGGAAGAAGAGCGAGACGCAGCGCAGCAGAGAGCGGGGCCGGGAUUUGAAGAAAGUGAGGACGCAGGAGUUUGCGACGAGCUCCAGGAAGAGCACCCACACGCCGAGCCGACAGGCCUUCGAAGCGGCGACGAGAAUGGAGCAAGCGUCUCGGAGCGGCGAAAGAAGACCCGAAGAGGAAGAGGCUGUCGCCAGAGAGAAGGGGACAACCCAGGGGAGACAGACACCCUCCCGUUCCCCACAUGGGGCUGCGCGUCUCUCGCUCGCAGAUGCCUGCAAGCUGCUGACGAAGCCGCGAGGGCUCUGUGGACUAGCCCGUCGCGAGCUUCUUUCGGGGAGACGCCUUUCGCACAAACCUCGUCUUCUUCGCUCUCGCCGCUGCGCCUUGAGCGCGCGGAAGAGGCGACAGUGGGCGAGACGCAGCGGGACAACGGAGAGGUUCUCUUCUCGUGGCGCAUCUGCGGCUUCAGUUUUCUUCGUCAAGGCCUCUCGACGGACGCUGCAGCGAAGACGGAAGAGACAGGAGAGGACGACCGGGAUCGGCAAGAGCGAAAGGGGAAGGACGAGCAGGAACAACGACGCAGAAGCCCAGAUGCAAAGAGAAAAGAAGAACGAGAAGGAAGUGGGGAAGAAUGGAAAGAAGACCGGCACGUGUUGUCUCCCGGUUUAAAGUGGAUAAAAGAAGAGAAGGGAGAAGAAGGCAGGCACGCAAGAGAAGAACGAGACGAGCGAAAGAGGCAAACGCACCAACAGGUGGAGCAUGCAAAAUACUUUGGAGUCUGUCUUUCUCGUGCAAACGACACAGACAAAGCCUGCGCGUCUGUUGCCCUCUACACCGACGGUUUUUUCUCAACUUCUCGAAAUUCUUCCGGCCCCCAGGACUCCUCUCUGUCUCCCACCUCGUGUUCCUCUUCUCGCUGCUCGACCGCUUCCUCUCCGUCUUCGCCAGUCUGUGUAGGCUUUCGCUCUGGCGUCGAUUUCUCGCGUCUCCACCCGCCGCUUCCUGCCGACGUUCUGCCUGUCUUUCUGCGGCUUGUUCAUCCUCCCAACCCUCUCGCCUCGCCGCUUCUUCUCAUUGCCCGUGUCUCCUUCCCCUUGAGUCCGGCGUCGCCUUCUUCGUCUUCUCCUUUGUCUUCUUUUUCUCCUUUGGCUUCAUUGUCUCCGGCGUCUUUCGAUUCACACAAGAAGCGAGAGGACGAAAAGAAAGUCGUCAAGUGCGAGGUUGUGCUGUCUGUCGUGUUGCCCCCGCCGUCGCGGCAGCUCUUAGACCGACAGGGAGGCGACGCGUUGCGGCUCUUCUUCAGUUGGUUCGACUCGGUAGCUCUGCAUGCGGCGCCGUGUUGUUCUCGGUUUUCGUCGGCUGCUGACGCCGUCAAAGACGCGAGCGGCGAGCGCGCGCUCGUUCGUGAAGAGGCUGGAGCUGCGGAGGCGCAGAAGCCAGAGGGCGAAGAAAGCGAAGAACAGCGACUCUCUUCGCGCGCAGAAGAAAACAUCCUUUUCAUCGAGCCGCAAUUCCUGUAUGACUGCCUUGUACGAGCCUGGAAACUCUUCGCAAAACAAAGUAACCCUGCCUCUUCUUCCUCUUUCCAACCUUUUGGAGACCUUCCGUCGCUCUUGUCUCCUCCUGGGCUCAAAUGCUCGUUGCGGCCGUACCAGCAGCGGGCGGUUUUCUUUGCGCUGACCCGCGAGUGGCGUCAUCUCGCCUCUCUUUUUCCUCGGGACAGUCAGCCUCUCGCUUCCUUCGCUUCUGCGCUGCCACGCACCUCUUCCUCUCCCUCGUCGGUCUCCGGUUCAGCCUCCGCCUCUCAGCCUUCCGGCGCACCCUGUCCUUCUCUGACUUGCGACGGGCCACCAGCGUCUCCGUCUCGUGCUUCUGUUUCUGCUUCGUCUCCUGACUUGGCAGCUUCUUCUUCCGCAACUUGCCGCUCUUCCUUCUCGCCUGCGUUUCCCUCGUCUGCCUCUUCGGCGUCGGCUACUUCUGCCAGGCAGGACGAGCGCGCAGCGAGCGGCGCCUGCGGAGCUGCGCUCGCUCCGCCGCCUUCGAGUGUCCAUACACCGGAGCAACGCAAGGCGACGGACGUGCAAACGUUACGGGAGUUGAGCCUGCGAGAGCUGCGGCUUCCGCAGCAAAGCGCGAACCUCGUUUGGGUGUAUGUACCCCUCGUCUCGGGUCGGGUUCUCGCCUUUGAUUCUCUCUUCGGCACCUACAAGUUCCUGGACCCCCAGAGAGAACGACGCGGCAGCCAAGAGCGGCCGGAAGGCGAAGCAGCGCCACGGCGAAUCGACGAACUCGGAGUAGGCGAAGAAAACAGACAAAGGGAAGCGACAAGAGAAAGAGAAGCUCCAAACGGACACGAAGGAGAAGAGCGGCACGGCGAAGGAAGAGAAAGUGAGGACGAGAUGGAAAACGAAGAGUUUGUUCGUUUUGAUGCGCCUGGCGGAAUGCUUUGCGACCAGAUGGGUCUUGGGAAAACGGUGGAGGCGAUUGCACUCAUGCUGUUGCAUCCGUGUCCUCGCUCCGCUUCACCUCUCCCUUCUCCCGCGCCUUCGAUCGUUUCCCGAGAAGAGGACCUACCGAACGACGCUGUCUUCGACUGUCCCUGCGGCUUCGAAGGCAUGCGUAUCCGCUGUCGCGUGGCUGACAGGUACACAGGCGCUCUCCGCGCACCGGAACCGCAAGAGGGCGAGGAAGAGAGAACCGAGCGCGAAGCUCAUCCGGUCCUUCUUCCUCUCGGCGGAAAAAGCACGGGUAGUCUGCAUGCAGCGAGGCCGGGAGUGCGAGGAGGGAGAGGAGCGAAACGGGGCCGUGGCGAGGCUGCCGAAGAGGCGGCGUUCUCCUCUGAGGAGACAAAGACCCCGCGAACGAGAAACGCGGGAGGAGGGAGAGGAAACAAAGUGCAACGGGACGGACCGAGCCCGUUGAGGAAGGCGGGAACAAGCACGAGGAAGCGGCACAAGCGCGCAGCGGAGGGACACAGAACGGCGCACGAAGAGAACGGAGAGUCGCCGGCAGUUUCUGAGUUAAGUCUCCCUGUGGAACUAGCUGCUCGGGAGGGAGACGCCAGGAAGCGUGCGGGGCCCAGAACUGACGAGAAGAAACCAAAAGGUGAAGAACUGGUCCUCCCGGCGAUCCAGUGUGGACUGUGUGGCUGUUUCAACCACCUUUUCUGCAUCGGAGUGACACGGCAAAAGCUGCAUGUCCCUCAACCCUUCACGUGCGUCUACUGUGAGUCCGAGCCUCUCUUCGCGAGCUCGGAGCUUCCUCCCGGCGCUUGUCGUUCUCCGCCUCCCAGCCUGCGAGAAGUGAAGGGAACUCUCGUGCUGUGCCCAGCGGCGAUUCUCCAGCAAUGGAGAGAAGAAAUCCGAAAACACACAGACUCGGAGGCGAUGCGCCGAACAGCCAUCUACGUCGGCGUCAAGCAUGCCCGAGAAACACUGAGGAAACAGCUUCUGGACUCGGCCCGAAGGCACUUUGCGUCCCACAUGGCGCGUGAGAGAGGUCUUGGCGACUUCGUCUCUCUGUCUCCUUCCUCGUCUUCUGCUUCACCGGUAUUUAGUAACGGGUCGGGCGCAGUGCCUGCGAAUUGGUUGUUGGCUGACGAGGACGAAAUGAUUCUGAUUCGCCCGGAGCAAAUGGAGGACGUGGACAUUCUUCUUGUUUCCUACGACACCCUGAGAGAAGAGCUCUGGUUCUCUCCUCGCCCAUGCCGGAGUCGCCAGUAUGGAGGCUCCUCCUCUUUCCGUUUUUCUCCCCUUUCCUUUCCUGCCUCUUCGCUCCACGCUUCUGCUGUCUCUUCCUUCUCUGCCUCGCUCUCGUCUCCCUGCGAAGACGAUUCCAGAGACACACGAGGGAUGCGCCGAGGAGCGCAGGCUGCGGAAGAACGGGGCGCUGUCCUGUCGACGGAAGGCUCCCGGGCAACGCGAUCUCUUUCCGCGCAUGCAGUUCGCUCUUCUCUCGGUCUACGCAGAAAGAAAAAGUACCGCCUUCUCGCUUCGCCUCUACUCCGAGUCCAUUGGUGGAGACUCCUGAUCGACGAAGCUCAAAUGGUUGGAGGCUAUACGGUCGCGGCGCAGAUGGCCCGGGCGCUGAGCGCGACGUUUCGCUGGUGUGUGUCGGGCACGCCGCUGCUGCACGCGUCGAGUGCAUGCAGCAGCGGCGGUUUCUGCGAGAGCUUCUUGGGGCCCGAGUCCCGCGUGGUCUCGGCGGGUGGAAAGAGGAGAGCCCCUGGGAGGAGCGCGGCGCGAAACUCGCACUUUCCCAAGGAACUCGCCGGUCUACUCGCCACUUUGCAGCUCCAGGCCUCCGCCUGGUGGCUGCGCGACGCCGGAAUGCUUCAGCAAAUCUUCCAACCUCUCGCCGUGGGUCUUCCGUGCUCGCUGAUCCUGAACCAGUCAAACGCGGUGUCCUGUUCCCACACGUCUCUCUCUUCUCCCUCUUCUCCCUCUUCUUCUCUCGCUUGCCCGCGGAACUGUUCCUCUUGCGAAGCUCUUUGUUGGGCGACGCGGCGGCAGAAGAGCAGCUGGUCGCGCGAGGCCGGGCCGACGUGGCUGCCUGAGGAGAGGGCGUGGGGGCGCUCUUCCUCGCUCCUGUACAGUCUCGUGGAUCUUCUUUUUCCUCUCUUUUGGCGAACAAACAUGAAAGACGUGAUGGGGGAGUUGGGAGUUCCGGCUCCGAUUGUCCACGACGUCUUCGUUGACUUCGGUCCAGUCGAGCGUUUCUUUUACCAGCAUCAGCAGCAGGCGGUGCGGCAAAAGAGCUCCUCCUUGCUCUCCUUCUGGUCGCCUUCGGCGACUUCUCGGGAAGCCGAAGAAGGUGCCGCGCAACGCGGGGAGGCGCGCGAAGAGGAACCUGGCCGGCGGACCGUCCCCGUGAGUGCGCAGCUGGAUGGGCUUCUCCUCACGCUGCGUCACGCGUGUCAGCAUCCGCAGCUCGGCCAGCUCGGCCUCAAGAAGCGACGCGGACGCUCGGAGCCUGCGGGAGAAUCCACGGGGCCUUCCCGGCCGGCGAGGCGCCGCAGCAGACCGCGCGUCUCCGGGAGAAGUCGAGGACCGAGCAGAUCUGUGCACCCCGCAGAGAACAGUCGGCAAAGAAGGCCGCAAGGCCUCGACGGCAGCGACCGUGCGAGUCUGUUCAGCGACGUCGCAGAAGGAGAAGUCGCCACUGAGUUCAUGCUGAUGGACGAGGUUCUGGCCAAGCUCAUCCAUGAAGCCAAGGCAAGAGAAAGAAGGAACUCGGUCCUCGCAGCAGCGCAGCACACACGCGCGUGUCCAGUAAACGAGACGCCGUAG